AUGGCGCCCACCGUCCUCCACCUUCGCGCCGAGACCAAGCCUCUCGAGCACCGCUCCGCCCUGACGCCCACGACCGCGAAGGCCCUCAUCGACGCCGGCUACGAGGUCCACGUCGAGAAGGGCAGCGGCGUCAAGUCCGGCACCACGCGCAUCUUCGACGACGCCGAGUUCGAGAAGGUCGGCGCCAAGAUCGUCGAGGAGGAGUCGUGGGUCGACGCGCCUGCCGACCACAUCAUCGUCGGCCUCAAGGAGCUGCGCGAGGAGACCUUCCCCCUCAAGCACGUCCACGUCCAGUUCGCCCACUGCUACAAGGGCCAGGAGAACUGGGACCAGGUCCUGGCGCGCUUCCCCCGCGGCGGUGGUACCCUACUGGACCUGGAGUUCCUGGCGGACCCCAAGACGGGGAGGCGUGUUGCCGCUUUUGGAUACCACGCUGGUUUCGCCGGAGCUGCGCUUGCCCUGGAGAACUGGGCAUGGCAGUUGACCAACCCAUCCGAGCCCUUGCACAGCGUUUCCUCAUACCCCAAUGAGAAUGAGCUCAUUGCAAAUGUCAAGAAGGAGCUGGCGGAUGGACAGAAGAAGGUCGGCCGCCUGCCCCGGGUCAUCGUCAUUGGCGCACUGGGUCGCUGCGGCAAGGGAGCAGUGGACAUGUGCCUCCGCGCAGGUGUGCCCGAGGAGAACAUCCUCAAGUGGGACAUGGCAGAGACAGCCAAGGGCGGCCCUUUCAAGGAGAUCACCGACAGCGAUGUCUUCAUCAACUGCAUCUACCUGGCUUCCAAGAUCCCCCACUUCGUCAACACCGAGUCUCUCAACGCGGCUGGUGCUGACCGCAAGCUGUCCGUCGUCUGCGACGUCUCCGCCGACACCACCAACCCCUUCAACCCCGUGCCAAUCUACAGCAUUGCUACGACCUUCGACAAGCCCACCGUCCCCGUUCACUCGCUGGAGCAGGGCCCUCCUCUGUCGGUCAUCAGCAUUGACCACUUGCCAUCGCUGCUGCCGCGCGAGGCUUCCGAGGCGUUCAGCAAUGACUUGCUGCCUCACCUGCUCAAGCUGAACGACUGGCGGAAUGACCCAGUCUGGGCCGGUGCUGACAAGCUGUUCAAGGAGAAGGUGGCUACCCUUCCCCCUUCAGCUCUGGAGAAGUGA